AUGGAGCUCUCGGCUUUCCCUGCAUUCCCGUUCACUGUGCUGGCCGUGUUCUUCACUGUGUUUGUCCUGGCCUUUGACUUCAUGAAGACAUGGAAGAAGUGUCAGAACUACCCUCCCGGGCCCAGGGGUUUGCCUUUUAUUGGGAACAUUCUUCAGGUAGACUUGAGCAAUCCUCACCUGUCGUUUGCAAAGCUGUGGAAGAAAUAUGGCAAUGUGGUCAGUGUACAGCUUGGAUGGACAAACACCGUGAUACUGAACGGCUACGAAACCCUAAAAGAGGCACUGGUGAUGAAAUCAGAGGAUUUUGCUGACCGGCCAGUCUUACCAGUAUAUGAAGAUGUGUUUAAGCACACAGGAGAAGGUAUUGUCUUUGCAAGAUAUGGCCCCUGGUGGAGAGAGCAGAGGAAAUUUUCACUUUCAACACUGAGAAACUUUGGGCUCGGGAAGAAAUCUCUGGAAAUGCGAAUUGUAGAAGAGGCUGGAUUUUUAAUCAAAGAAUUUGAAGAUGAAAAAGGACUUCCUUUUGAUCCGCAUUUCAUUGUAACCUGUGCGACUUCAAAUAUUAUCUGUUCAAUUAUCUUUGGAGAACGUUUUGAAUAUAAAGAUAAAAAAUUUCUUGGAUUUUUAAAGACAAUUAAAGAAAGCUUUGAACUGGAAGGUGCAUUUUGGGGUCAGCUGUUGAAUACGUUUCCCUUUCUUCGUCACUUCCUGGGUCCACACAAUAAGAUAUUUGAAAAUCAAGAGAAAACCAUUCACUUUGUACAGAAAAUAGUCACAGAGCAUAAAAAAUUAUGGGACCCAAAUGAGCCGAGGGACUUCAUUGAUGCUUUCUUAGCAGAGCAGGAGAAGAUGAAGAAUGGCCCCAAGACGAGUUUUCUAGAGAACAAUUUGUUAGGAACAGCUUAUGACCUCUUUGCGGCUGGUACAGAGACCACCUCCACCACCCUGCGAUGGGCCCUGCUCUUCAUGGUGCUGCAUCCAGAUCUGCAGUCUAAAGUCCAUGAAGAGAUUGACAGAGUAGUUGGGAAGGAGAGAAAGGUGGCGUUGGAAGACCGUGAGGAAUUGCCGUACACCAAUGCUGUUAUCCAUGAAACCCAACGCUUAGGGAAUAUUGUUCCGAUUUCACUUCCUCAUCAAACAUACAGAGAUACAGAGGUCAUGGGAUACACAAUCCCUAAGGGAACAAUGAUCAUUCCAAACCUUUCCUCCGCCAUGUUUGAUGAGAACAUUUGGUCAACUCCACAUCAGUUUAAUCCGGGUCACUUCCUUGACUCGGAGGGGAGGUUUGUGAAAUCUGAAGCCUUCAUCCCAUUCUCUGCAGGUCGCCGUGUCUGCCUGGGGGAACAGCUGGCAAAGACCGAACUCUUCCUGUUCUUAACGUCCAUGUUCCAGCAUUUCACAUUCCAUCUCCCAGAAAAUGAACCAAGACCAAGCUACACAGAAGCCAAAUAUGGAAUUACCCUUAGUCCGCUCCCUUAUCGACUGUGUGUUAAACACAGAUAA